CUCAUACCGGCAACACCUUAUCGGAGAUAUUAAAAAUAAGAAAACGAGCAAAAUGAGUAACUCAGCAAAGGACCACUACACUCGCAUUAUAGCGGAAAUGGAGAAGGAGGAUCUAUUGACCUUCGAGGAACUUCUCAAUUUGACCAAGAUCUCGCCAACGGCUCUGACCAAGACCAUUCAAGUUUUGGCCAGGGAGCGUUUUCCAGUGAAAUUAAGCAUGGAGAAAGCCAUCAAGAAACUAAGCGUCAAGGCCAAUAAAGAUGAUGAGGUUCCAGACAAGGAGGAAGCUGUGGAGAUCAUGACCUUUGAGGAGAUGGUUCUUUGCACCAAGACCCAUCCUUUGUACCUUGAGCGUAGUCUGCGCAAGAUCGCCAGACUAAGCCAGAUGUCUUAAGUGUUUAAAUUCAAUAAUUGCCGAUUAAUGAAUAUAUUUAAUGUGAAC